CCAUUUUCCUGAUCCAUGUGCUUUUACAGCCCGUUCACCAUAUUUGGUAGGGCGCCGCGCAUGACGUCACAGCUGCGUCACCUCCGCUGCCUUCUUUCUCGUCCGAGCUCUCAAUAUGGCGCCGAUCAGAAUGAAGAGGCCAGCUGGUAAGAAGUCCAAGAAGGGGGCUGCAUGGAAGUUCACCCUGGACCUGACCCACCCUGUGGAGGAUGGGAUCCUGGACUCUGCAAGCUUUGAGACCUUCCUUAAAGAGAAGAUCAAGGUGAACGGGAAGACGGGGAAUCUGGGUGACAUCGUCCAGGUCGGCCGCAUGAAGAACAAGAUCAACGUGACGUCUGAGAAGCAGUUCUCCAAAAGGUAUCUGAAGUACCUGACAAAGAAGUACCUGAAGAAGAACAACCUCCGCGACUGGCUGAGGGUGGUGGCCUCUGACAAGGAGACGUACGAGCUGCGAUACUUCCAGAUCAGCCAGGACGACGAGGAGUCCGAGGCAGACGAGUAAACAGCUGCAGCCACAUCUGUGUGUGUGUCAGCGGGAGAAUAAAUGUGGGAAAGAAA